AUGAAUAUCAUUCUUUUACGUUAUUUUAAUCCUGUUGGUGCUCAUAAAACAGGUUUAAUUGGUGAAGAUCCUAUUGGUAAACCAAAUAAUCUUAUGCCAUAUAUUGCACAAGUAGCUGUUGGUCGUUUACCAUAUGUUAAUAUUUUUGGUACUGAUUAUGAUACUCCAGAUGGUACAGGUGUUCGAGAUUAUAUACAUGUUGUUGAUGUAGCUAUAGGUCAUAUUGCAGCAAUGAAACAAUUUGAAAUGAAUUGUGGUUUAAAAAUUUAUAAUCUUGGUACUGGUAAAGGUUAUUCUGUAUUAGAAAUGAUUAAAACAUUAGAAAAAGCAUCAGGCAAAAUAAUAUCUUAUAAAGAAUGUUCUCGAUGUCCAGGUGAUCUUGCAACUGUUUAUGCUGAUCCAACAUUAGCAGCUCAAGAACUUGGAUGGACAGUUCAACGAAAUUUAGAUGAAAUGUGCAAAGAUUUAUGGCGUUGGCAAUCGAAUAAUCCAAAUAGAUUUCAAUAG